ACCGGUUCUUAAUUUCACACUGAUUGGUGACACUGUGGCGAAGUGUCGCUGGUCCAAUCACAGAGAUCGUCACUUGUAUGCAAAUACAGUGUUAUCACAGUCACGUCAGCAGCAGCAGCGGUAGAGCCGCUGCGCCGUGGUCGCCAGCAGGAGAACAAGUGACAACACAGCCACAACUUCACCGAUAACACUGUUUCAACACUGACGCCCGGGGGGUGCGAGUUUAAGUUCGUUUCAGGAAAACAAUAUAAUGGACAUGCUGUAGAAAAGAAGGGUCAUUGGGACCAGCUUUGAUCCAGUGGUGUUCCAUAGGUUCAGCUCACUCCCCCCAGCCUCAAACCAUGGACUUCUUUGACGAUCCCAGCCUCUUUGUUGGAGGUUUAGAUGGGUUGGAUGAGGAUAGUUUUGCCACAGCACCAUCACUUGUGGAUGAGCUAAACCUCAGUGCUGACUUUGAGCCCGUCCAAGUUGAGUCUCUGGGCCCAGGGAAGCAUCAAGGCAUAAUGCCAACAGUUUCUACUCAACCAGUCAUGCCCACUUACAGUCACCAGAUGGGUCACUACUCUGGCAUUAAGGCACAGAAUCUUACAGGGCAGGCAUUUUCUGGUCAUGGGGUCACAGGUGGCAGCCUAAUGCCAGAGCAACAUGGCCAGUACCACAGUGCUGCGCCUGUGAGUCACGCACCUCCAUCCAAUGGGCUGUUCUGUAACAGUACAAGUCCAAUGUGGGGCAACCAGGACCAGAAUGGGAAUGUAUACCACCCCGUAACUCAUCAGCAGCAACAUCACCAACAACAGCUUCGUCAUCGGCAGCAGCAACAACUGCACAACCAGCCACCUAAUGUCAGACAACAACAUAUACGGCAGGAACAACACCAUGCCUGUCAUCAACAGGAGCAGCAACACAGAAUGCGGCAGCAGCUGCAACAACUGCAAAGUCAUCAGCAACAGCUGUUGCAGUGCCAGCCCCAACAACAUAACACACAGACGAUGUCCCUGCAGCAACAGCAGCAUCAAAGUUUCACCUUUCAUCAGGGAGGUCAGUCUCGGGGCCAACAGGAAGUUCAUCAUAGUCAACAGCGGGUUCAGCACCAACUAACAGGAGGGCCAAGGUUACAAGCAAGAGCUCUUCCGAGCAAAUCCUAUAUAGAUAGUCAGAACUCUUCUAUGAGUGGGAUUUGUUUACAGCAACAACAGCAGCAUGGUAACUACCACUUGACUACUGGUGGCCAAGCCUUCAAUGGAUCAGGGCUAGGAGACCCUAACCUGCCCCUCCCCAUGCAUUCAUCAUCUGUGGUUCACUCCCUGCCAAUGUGCUCUGUCAGUUCUGCCACUCCUUAUCAACCAGCUCAGUACCCCACUUACCCUGGAGAGCCCGAAAUACCCAGGCUGGAUCAGCAGUCUUUGUUGUCGACUACACAGUCCAAGCCCACCCCCACCACCACUGUGCACCUCACUUCCACUGUGCCUGAUGUCUCUGUAUGUCAGUUUCCAUCCACUGGAGUUGUCAAUCGGCAGCACACUAGGAUCCCAGUUAGCCAGGUAGAAGAAUGUCCUUUCCGGUCGUUACGUUGUUCUGGAGAAACCCAGGGAAACGGUGGGUCAGCUGAGAUGUUUGGUAAAUCUAUGAGCUGCUACCCCAACAUGACGAGCCAGUUGUCCUCUGAGCGGCCUCAGAGCUGUGGGGUCAUCAACACUAAUGGAUACCUGGCUUUGGGAGAUAGUCUUCUGACAUCAGAGGCUCAGGAUGGAGACUUGGAGGGACUAGAACCUCCUGACCUCCUGCCUGACCUACUGCCCCAGCUACAGGCAGCUCUUAGCCAAGAGGAGGAAUCCAACGGUUCCUGGGCCAAUUCCAGUGUCGAGAUGGGCCAUGAGCAGAGGAAACAUCCACCUGUUGAAUACAAGGAAGAGAAGCCCAGAAAGAACGCUAAUGGUCCUGUUAGCCAGGUUCGGGCCCUCAGUCCCCCAUUGAAGAGCAGCUCAUCGUCUUCCUCCUCUUCCUCAUCAUCCUCAUCUUCCUCAAGCUCUUCAUCUGAGAAAAGGACACGGAGGACACACCAUCAGAUGGAGACAUUGACACUGGACAAGCAGGAAAAGGCCAAUAGGAUAAUAUCAGAGGCUAUCGCAAAGGCCCGGCAGCGCGGGGAGAAGAACAUCCCCCGUGUCAUGAGCCCUGAGAGCUUCCCUAGUUCUUCCUCACAGCACAGGAGCCACCGAGAUCGUGAACACAAAGGAAACGGCAAGGCACGGUCCAAACAGAAGAUGAGUAGAAAGGCCUGCGUUGUACCCUGCUCCAAAUCCAAACAGAAGGCCAAAAUUGGGAAAAUUGUCAUCAAGAUUGGAAAGAAGAAAAAGAGAAAGACAGAGUCCUCAGAGGAGGAGUCAGACGAUGACCCACCCCCUCGGCACAUUUCUAAAGGCGACUCUAAGAGGAGAUCGAAUAGACAGGUGAAGAGAAAGAAGUACGCUGAAGAGCUGGAGGCCAGGUUGUCAGAUGAGGAUGUCAAGGUUAUCGUCAAGGCCAAGAAAACCAACACUGCAGCUUCCAAAGCGCCUGCUGUCCAACUCUUUGUAGAGAAUCCCUCUGAAGAAGAUGCUGCUGUUGUCGACAAAAUCAUGUCUUCUCGUUUUGCUAAGAAUGAGGUCUCUACGGGAGUUGUGGUCGAAGUGGAAGAGUUUUUUGUAAAAUACAAGAACUAUUCCUACCUACACUGUGAGUGGGCCACAGAGCAACACCUGGUAAAGGACAAGAGGAUUCAGCAGAAGAUCAAACGCUUCAAGAUGAAACAAGCACAGAGGGCACUCUUCUUUGCAGAUAUGGAUGAGGAGCUCUUUAACCCUGACUAUGUAGAAGUAGACAGAGUGCUGGAGGUGUCGUAUUGUGAGGACAAAGACAGUGGAGAGGAGGUGGUGUACUACCUGGUGAAGUGGUGCUCCCUGCCGUACGAGGACAGCACCUGGGAGCUAAAGGAUGACGUGGAUCAGAGCAAGAUUGAAGAGUUUGAGCAGCUGCAGGCAGUCAAGCCAGACUCACGCAGGGUGGAGCGGCCCCCAGCCAGUCACUGGAAGAAGAGGGAGCAGUCGAGGGAAUACAGGAACGGCAACAGCCUCAGGGACUACCAGCUAGAAGGAGUCAAUUGGCUCCUCUUCAACUGGUACAACAGACGGAACUGCAUAUUAGCAGAUGAGAUGGGCCUGGGGAAGACCAUACAGUCAAUCACAUUCCUCGAGGAGAUCUAUCGUGUGGGCAUUAAAGGGCCAUUUCUCAUCAUCGCUCCACUCUCCACCAUUGCCAACUGGGAGCGGGAGUUCCACACUUGGACAUACCUCAAUGUGAUCGUCUACCAUGGGAGCGUCGUCAGCAGGCAGAUGCUGCAGCAGUAUGAGAUGCAUUUCAGGGAUGCACAGGGCCGUGUGAUGAGAGGUGCCUACAAGUUCCAUGCUGUCAUCACCACAUUUGAGAUGAUCCUGACAGGCUGCCCUGAACUCAACGCCAUAGACUGGCGCUGUGUUAUCAUCGACGAGGCCCACCGCCUCAAGAACAAGAACUGCAAGUUGCUAGAGGGCUUCAGGAUCAUGAGCCUGGAGCACAAGGUCCUGUUGACAGGCACACCUCUCCAGAACACAGUGGAGGAGCUCUUCAGCCUGCUCCACUUCCUGGAGCCUGCACGCUUCCCUUCAGAAUAUACCUUCAUGCAGGAAUUUGGAGACCUCAAGACUGAGGAGCAGGUGCAGAAGCUUCAGGGUAUUCUAAAGCCCAUGAUGCUGCGCCGGUUGAAGGAGGAUGUGGAGAAGAAGUUGGCUCCUAAGGAGGAAACCAUCAUUGAGGUUGAGCUCACCAAUAUUCAGAAGAAAUACUACCGCGCCAUUCUAGAGAAAAACUUCUCUUUCCUGGCUAAAGGAGCUGGCCAGGCAAAUAUGCCCAAUCUGGUCAACACUAUGAUGGAGCUUAGAAAAUGCUGCAACCACCCCUACCUCAUCAAAGGGGCAGAAGAGAAAAUCCUCGAAGACUUCAGGGAAGUUUAUUGCCCCACUGCCAUCGACUUUCACCUGCAGGCCAUGGUGCAGUCUGCCGGGAAGCUUGUACUUAUUGACAAGCUGUUGCCUAAAAUGAAGGCUGGAGGACACAAGGUGCUCAUCUUUUCCCAAAUGGUUCGCUGCUUGGACAUCUUGGAAGACUACCUCAUUCAGAGAAGGUACUUGUAUGAGCGAAUAGAUGGACGUGUCCGUGGGAAUCUACGACAGGCUGCCAUCGACCGCUUCAGCAAGCCCGACUCGGACCGCUUUGUUUUCCUACUGUGUACAAGAGCUGGAGGCCUGGGAAUCAACCUCACAGCAGCAGACACCUGUAUCAUCUUUGACUCUGACUGGAACCCUCAGAAUGACCUUCAGGCCCAGGCUCGCUGCCACAGGAUUGGUCAGAACAAGGCGGUGAAGGUGUAUCGUUUGAUCACCAGAAAUUCGUACGAGCGGGAAAUGUUUGAUCGUGCCAGUCUCAAGUUGGGCCUGGACAAAGCAGUGUUGCAGAGCAUGAGUGGCAGAGACAACAGCCUGGGAGGAAGCACUGGGGGAGGGGCAGCACAGCAGCAGCUAUCCAAGAAGGAAAUUGAGGAUCUGUUGCGACGUGGCGCUUAUGGGGCCAUCAUGGAUGAGGAGGACGAAGGGGCCAAAUUCUGUGAAGAGGACAUCGACCAGAUCCUCCAACGUAGGACAAAGACCAUUACCAUCGAGUCUGAGGGCCGAGGAUCUACCUUUGCCAAGGCUAGUUUUGUGGCAUCUGGAAACCGCACAGACAUUUCUCUGGAUGACCCCAACUUCUGGGACAAGUGGGCCAAAAAGGCUGACCUUGAUAUGGAAAUGGUCAAUGGCAGAAACAGCUUAGUGAUUGACACUCCUCGUGUCCGAAAACAGACAAGGCCAUUUAGCGCCACCAAAGAUGAGCUGGCAGAGCUUUCCGAGGGCGGCAGCGACAGUGACGACACCAAACCUAAGGUUCGGCGAAACAAUGACCGCCUCAACAGCUACGGACGCACAGAGUGCUUCAGAGUUGAGAAGAAUCUGCUUGUAUAUGGGUGGGGUCGUUGGAAGGACAUUCUCAACCAUGGGCGUUUUAAGAAGCAGCUAACCGACCGGGAUGUGGAGUCGAUCUGCAGGGCUCUGCUGGCCUACUGCUUGGUACAUUACCGUGGAGAUGACAAAAUCAAAAGCUUCAUGUGGGACCUGAUUGCCCCAUCUGAGGAUGGACGUACCAAGGAGCUGCAGAAUCACUUAGGUUUAUCUGCCCCAGUCCCUCGGGGCAGAAAGGGUAAGAAAAUGAAAAUACAGUCCAGCUCUUUUGACAUCCACAAAGCGGAGUGGCUCAGGAAACACAACCCAGAGCACAUGCUUCAGGAUGACGGCUACAAGAAACACCUCAAACACCACUGCAACAAGGUGCUGCUCAGGGUCAGAAUGCUGUACUACCUGAAACAAGAGGUGAUCGGAAGCCAGGCCCAGGAAGUACUAGACGGUGUGGACUCCAGUGAGAUAAAGAUUUGGGUGCCAGCACCUGACCACUCAGAUUUGCCAGCCUUGUGGUGGGAUGCCGUCGCCGACAAGUGUCUACUGCUGGGUAUAUAUAAGCACGGUUAUGAAAAGUACAACACCAUUCGUGCAGACCCAACCCUGUGCUUCCUAGACCGUGCGGGCCGACCAGAUGAGAAGGCUAUCGCAGCCGAACAGAGAGGCAAUGACUUCAUGGAUGGGGAUGUAGAUGAUCCAGAAUACAAGCCUGCUCCAGCUCUGAUAAAAGAAGACAUGGAGGAUGAUGCCUCUUCUCCUGGAGACUUGAUAGUCACUGACAAUGCUGGAGAUGCAGUGUCAGUGACAGAAGGUGGAACUGUCUACUGGCCCUCUCCCUCGGUGUUGACAGCCAGACUGAGGCGUUUGAUCACCGCAUCCCAGCGCUACACUAAGAGUCGGCAAAUUCUCCAAAUACACCAGGUUCAGUCUCAGUCCCAGCCAACCAUGGUACUGUCCGCACCGCUUUGCCCGCUGCCCCCCACACUCAAUGACCCCCUCAACCCCAAAAUGGCUGCUAAGAUUGAACGGCAACAAAGAUGGACUAGGCGGGAAGAAGCUGACUUCUACCGGGUGGUUUCCACUUUUGGUGUUGUUUUUGACCCAAGCCUUGGUCGGUUUGACUGGACCAAGUUCAGGGCCAUGGCUCGUCUGCACAAGAAGACUGACGAGAGCCUGCAGAAAUACCUGUGUGCUUUCACCACCAUGUGCCGACGGGUGUGCCGCCUCCCACCCAAAGAGGGAGACUCUGCUGAAGACCCGUCUCUCAACAUCCAGCCCAUCACAGAGGAGCGUGCGUCUCGUACAUUGUACAGAGUAGAGCUGCUUCGCCAGGUGAGGGAACAAGUCCUUCGUCAUACGUUACUGUAUGAGCGCCUGCCACUGUGCCAGAUGAGCUCUGACUUGCCCGUCUGGUGGGAAGCUGGUACCCAUGACCGUGACCUGCUUAUUGGUGCUGCCAAGCACGGCGUAAGCCGCACAGAUUACCACAUUCUGAGAGACCCUGAGCUCAGCUUCAUGGCUGCCCAACAAAACUACAGCCAAACAAAAGCUGUGCAGCAGCAAUCACGCACACCCACCCCGCUCCUCCAUCCUCAGCACCAAGCCACCAGCUCAGCAUUGACAAGCUCUCCACUGCCUUUGGUGGCUCACAGAGACACUGAGCCCUGUGGGGUUGUGCCCAAAGUGGAACCAGCUUCAGAGGUAGAGGAGAGCAGGGAGAAACCGGGGGAGAGUUGGAGCCCUUCUCAAGCACCAGCCACUCCCACAGGUCUAGAAGAGAAGCCUAUUCCUGAGGUGAGGGACAUCGAGGGGCAGAUGGUAGCAGCACGAACCAAACCGCUCACACCCAACUCCUCGGAGAGGAAACCCAAGAAGGCCAGCAAGAGGGGCCGCAACGAGACCAGGCGUGGCUCAGAAUCUAACUCGGGUGGCUCCUCCUCAAGUUCUUCGUCACGCUCCUCCUCUUCUUCGUCCUCCUCUUCUUCCUCGUCACAUUCCGGCUCCAGCUCCUCUUCCUCUUCUUCAUCUUGCUCCUCUGGCUCUUCGUCAUCUUCGUCCUCUUCCUCAUCUUCUUCUGAUGACAGCGAUAGUGAGGGAGAGGACGGUAAGAAGAAAGUGCCUGCAGCAGCAAGUGUGAAGGGCUUUGAUGAGGACAGUGUGGCAUCUCUGAGCACAACACAGGAUGAAACACAAGACACUCAUUUGGCGGAGAAUGGCAUCGCCCAUAACUCCUCGCAUCCUUUCCUGGGAGGAGGAUACAUGCUUGCUGCUUCCUACUGGCCAAAGGAUCGUGUUAUUAUCAACCGCCUGGACAGCAUCUGCCAGGCAGUGCUUAAGGGCAAGUGGCCAGAAACACGCCGCGUUUAUGAGCCCGGAGGUGCAGUGGCCUCUUUCUACACCACCAAGCUGCUGGACAACGCCAACAGCCUGUGCGAGGACCCCGCUGCCUCGCCACAGGGGUCAAAGGUGACCAAGCAUGUUGCAGAAAACAAGGAGUUCUCAGUAAAACUCAACGAUCAGGAGGGAGGUCUGAAGUUGACCUUCCAGAAGCAGGGUCUUCCUCUGAAGAGGCCCCUGGAGUCUGAGGAGGGACCCCAGGCCCAGCAGCAGUACCUGGCCCGGCUUCAUGAGCUGCAGAGUGCUUCUGACACGGGAUUAGCUGAUAUCACCAAGCCUCAGUGCAGCUUUCAGACUGUCAAUCCAGGUCAUACUAGUCAGAUGAGGCUGAACGGAGUGCUGGAUGGCCAACCCAUGGUGAAGAAGCGGAGGGGAAGGAGGAAAAACGUAGAGGGAAUGGACCUGCUGUUUAUGAACAGGACCAGAGUCCCUGCUGUUCCCGAUCAGAUGCCUCCAGGUUGGGGUGGUAUUGGCCAGGUGGGCAUGGCAGCGGCCUCUGCUCCAGUCUACAGCCAGAGUCCCAACCAGAGCUCCAGUCAGAGCUCCAGUCAGAUCCCUGCAGACACAGACACCAGGGUCCCUGUCAUCAGCCUCAAAGAUGGCACCCGGCUUGCUGGGGACGAUGCCCCCAGGAGGAAAGAUCUAGAGCAAUGGUUGAAAGAACAUCCCGGCUUUGUAGCAGACACAGGAGCCUUUAUUCCUGGAGUAAACAAGAUGCAAAUGCAGUUCCACUUCCAGGACGGUCGGCCAAAGCAGAAGAGGCAUCGCUGUAGGAACCCCAACAAGAUUGAUGUGAAUAGCCUGACAGGAGAGGAAAGGGUCCAAAUUAUCAACAGGAGAAAUGCACGCAAGAUUGGUGGUGCCUUCGCUCCCCCUCUGAAGGAUCUGAGCAGGUUCCUGCAGGAGAACCCAGAGUACGGAGUCCCACCUGAGUGGGCGGAUGUGGUCAAACAGUCGGGUUACCUCCCAGAGAGCAUGUUUGACAGGAUCCUGACAGGACCCAUCGUUCCUGAAGAGGUGAGCCGACGCGGACGUAGACCCAAGAAUCCUUUGGCCAAGGCGGCAGCAGCCGGAGCAGCCACCGCAGCAGACUCUGCUCUCAACUUGAACCCCCUGCUGGCCAACGGCCUCCUUCCCGGAAUGGACCUCAGCAGCCUGCAAGCCCUCCAGCAAAACCUCCAGAGCUUACAGUCCCUGCAGCUCACCGCAGGCCUGAUAGGACUGCCGUCUGACGCCGGCAACCUGGCCGCAACCAACUUGGCUGCCAUGUUUCCCAUGAUGCUCUCCGGCAUGGCUGGAUUGCCAAACCUGCUUGGCAUGAGCAGCAUGCUUGGGAAGCCAGCUCAGGAGGGCACAGGAGGCUCAGAGGAAAGGAUAAAGGGAACGGCCAGUGGUGCGACGGGAGAGACAUCCACUUCUAAAGCUCCUUUGAACACCUCACAAUUCGACACCAAAGGAGAAAGGACAGACAGUACGAUUACGACUUCCUCCUCGGCUUCCAGCUCCACUUCCUCUGCUACUGCCCCACAAAGUGCUUCAGCUGCCUCUGCAGCCUCCAGUCACCCACUGUCUCUUAAUCCCUUGUUACUCUCCAGUAUGCUUUACCCAGGGAUGCUUCUCACUCCAGGCCUUAACCUUCCUGUGUCCGCCACACAGCAGCAGAGCUCAAACGGUGACCCAAUUAUUCCUCCUCCUCCUCUUCGUCGUACUCCACCCACAGCCUCCAAGUCAUCACCUCAGGAGACAGAGCAGUCGGCAGCAGAGGCGGACCGAGACGAGGAGGACGAGGCUUUGGUUGAAGACGACGACGAAGAGGAGUCCGCAGAUCAAAAAGAGAAUAGUGGCGCUGAAGGUUCAGGGAAAGCCGAGACAUCUUCAUCAGAGUCUGGGAGCUCUUCUUCAUCCUCGGAUGAUUCGGAUUCCAGUGAUGAGGAUUGAUUCUAUUAAAUGAAUAAAUAAUACAUUUAUUUAUGUAUCGCGUAGAAAUGUAUACAUACAGUAUAUUCACAUAUAUGGAUUUUGGCACUUGUGUUGUGAUUUCUUUACAUGUAAAUACAAGAACUAACUAAAAUGUUGUGUAAUAAAGAACAAAAACUUUAAAAAAAAAAAAGAGAGAGGAAAAAAAACAGGAAAAAGUGAUUCAAAAGCAACUGAAAUAAAAUUUCAGUGUUCGUUCACAAGGUACAGUCUUGUUUUGAGACAUUUUGCAUGUCAGACUUAAGUAGAUUUCUGAACUCUGUGAACUUGUACCACACAAUUAUGUACAAUUGCAACAAAAAAAGGCAUUAUUGUAAUUAUGUCAGGAUUUAAUUUUAUUAAAAAAAAAGUGAAACUACAUCAA